UCUCAGGCCCCCAGGCGGAGCGACAGGUCUCAGGCCCCCAGGCGGAGCGACAGGUCUCAGGCCCCCAGGCGGAGCGGCGGGCACCAGACCCCCAGGCGAAGCGGCGGGCGCCGGACCCCCAGGCGGAGCGACAGGUCUCGGGCCCCCAGGCGGAGCGGCGGGCACCGAGUCACCAGGCACGACACGGGCCGCGUCAUCUGGCAAGGCAGUGGGCUCCGAGUCAACUGGUAUGACCGCGGGCACUGGGUCAGACAUGGAUCGUCUGGCUGGACAGUGGGCAUCGGGUCACCAGGCAUCAGGUCAUUUGGCUCAACAGCGGGCACCACGUCAUCUGGCAAGACAGUGGGCACCAAGUCACCCCGGGCACGACAGCGGGCUCUGAGUCAAUUGGCACGACAGCGGGCACCGGAUCAGGUACCGGAUCAUCUGGAUCAACAGCGGGCAUCGAGUCAACUG